AUAAUAUUAUUAUUGUUAUAAGAUUGCAAUCAUGCUGGUUAAAUAAUAAGUAAGUAGUUACAAUUCAUUCCCGUGCAAGUAAGGAAGUGUGUUAGAAUAAAAUGGCGGAAAAAAAUUAUGCAGCUGUUCUCUACGGACCUAUGGAUCUGAGAGUUGUGGAGUGGCCCGUUCCAGAAAUAGGCGAAAAGGAUGUGUUGAUCAAGAUGGAUUGUGUGGGCAUCUGCGGGUCUGACGUGAAGCUGUACCACACAGGGCGGUGCGGGCUCGAGACCUUGGUGGACCCCAUUGUGGUGGGCCACGAGGGCGCAGGCUAUGUUGUGAAGAUGGGCUCCAAAGUGGAGAACUUGCAGCUGGGCGACCGCGUGGCCGUCUAGCCGACGCAGCCCUGCCGCGCCUGCGCGAUGUGCAAGCGGGGGCGGUACAACGUGUGCGACACCCCCGCCUACUGCUCCACCACCGGCGCACAUGGCAACCUUUGUGUUUAUUACAAGCACGUAGCUGACUUCUGUCACAAAAUCCCGGACAAUUUAUCGAUGGAAGAAGGCGCGGCCAUUCAGCCAGUGGCCAUAGCGACACACGCGUGCAACCGAGCCGGAAUCAAACUUGGGACCGAGCUGGUCAUAUUCGGCGCUGGGCCUAUUGGAGUAUUGUGCGCCAUCACUGCCAGAGCGAUGGGAGCAACAAAGAUACUGAUGACAGAUGUAGUCCAGUCCCGCCUCGACGCAGCCAAGGCUAUGGGAGCUGACCUAACUUUGCUGGUGACGAAAGACCAGACAGACAAACAGACAGCAGACACCAUAUUGAGCAUGAUGGGGUGCCGGCCUGACGUCACUAUAGACGCGUGUGGGUUUGCGAGUGCGCAGAGAGUAGCUCUGAUGAUUACCCGGACGGGCGGUGUGCUGACCAUAGUGGGAAUCGGCGGCGAGACGACGGAGCUGCCGCUCAACGGGGCUGUGCUGCGGGAGGUCGACAUCAGGGGCUCCUACCGCAUCGCCAACACGUACCCAGCGGCUCUGGCUGCUGUCUCGCGCGGUCUCAUCGACCUCAAGCCUUUCAUAACGCACCACUUUCCGCUGCAACUGUCGCGGGAAGCCAUAGAGUAUGCGAGGACAGGGGAAGCUAUGAAGAUCAUCAUACAUGUGCAGGAAUAAUACGUUCCGUCUUCAAAAGAAUUUUCUCACUUAAUUUAUUUUUAAAAUGACCGGAUGAAUAAAAUAUUUAUAACGUACAAAAUGGACAAAUUGUGUAUCGAUUAGGUAAUGAACGCUAACCAUUAUUGAUACUGAUAUAAAAUUUAAUCCUUAUGUUUGUGAGACAGUUCGCUCUGUUUACCCCGUUUGGGAUAAAGACGUGAUAAUAUGUAUAUAUAUGACAUGACUUAUGCUUGGCUGUCAGAGUUAUAUAUAGCGCUGUUAUUUCUUAUCAUUAUGUGUUAUAGGUUAAGACGAUACCGUCUCUUGUCAAGUUAAAUCGUGUGUAUUUAAACCUCGACAUUUUGUCUGUUUUGUUGAACGAUGGAGCCGAAAAAGUGAAGUUAUCAUUGUGAAGUAACAGAAGCUGUUUUGUGUUUAUUGAUAUCCAAGUGUUGAGGAAUAUAUAUAUAUAUAUAUAUAUAUAUAUAUAUAUAUAUAAUAUCCGGAUAAGGAACAGCGCGAUAAGGGAAUGCUGUGAUGUGAAAGAAGAUGUAAUUACAGUAAUAGAAAAGGGUAUGUUAAGAUGGUUCGGUCUUAUAGAGAGGAACAAUGAAAGCAGGUUCACUAAGCAGACAUACAAGGAGAGUGUGAACGUAUCUUGAUUAAAUUAAAGACGUCCUGGUAAAGGGUCAGGUCAAAAGUACCCGAAACCGCCGAGCUUGCAUGAAGAGUUAUGAAUGUGGAUGAAGCGAAGGAAGUAUGCAGAGAUCGUGGCAAGUGGAAAGAGGUAGUCUCUGCCUACCCCUCCGGGAAAGAGGCGUGAUUUUAUGUAUGUAAGUGUUGAACCAUCACAAAGACCAAGUAGUCAGAUAAAACUAACUAUUGUACCUAACUUUUUGAAACAACUUCGAUAGGUAUUCCGUUGGUAUGGUUUAUAAAUUAAACAAUUAACUUUAAAAAUCAAUUCAAUUUAUUAAUUCGUUAAUAUUAAAUUAAUAAUACUUAUUCGUUGGGCAAUUUGACAUAAAAAGGAUUUAAUUUCAAAAAUUUAAUCACUAAAAAAUCGUUUGAGGUAAUAUAAAAAAGUACUUAAAAUUAAUCUCGACCAGCAAGUUAAGGGUUUUAUAUCUAACUCACAAAAUAUUUGCUAUCUGAAUCUCAGUUCCAUCAUUGUGCUAUGAGGUCAGACUGGAGAUCUUUAUGUUUACCUCUUCAAUCCUGGGAUUCUGAUUAAAAGCUGAAAGUCUUGAAUCCUGGACGAAACGAAACACGGGGACACAUCAUUCCUUAUAUUCACCAUUUAUUUAUGUUAUUUCUAUGGUCUUAUAUUAUUAUUGAUUUUAUGGAAAACUAAUAAUACUAUAUGCCGUGUGGUUCCCGGCACCAAUACAAAAAAGAAUAGGACCACUCCAUCUCUUUC